UUUAUUUUUUGGUUGUUAUUGUCUUGUUGAAUAUUCUCUGCUUCUUUUCAUAUAGUCCAAGGUAUUCGUUUCAUCAGAUAAAAAUCAUACACACGAAAAGAAUUGCUUAUACGAAGUAUUUAUUUCCUUUGAAUACCAAGUUAGAGGUUGAAUAAUAGUCGUCUAUUUUAUAUAUAUGUGUAUACUACUCUUCCGUUACCUCUUUCCUCGCAAUCCACCUUUUAGGGCCACAUCCUAGACAUUCCCUCCAAACGUGAAGGCUAAAGCCAACAACCACCAACAACAAAGGAAUUGAUAUUGGAGUAAAAUUCAAUAAAAAGACUAAAUAGGUAUUUGGAAGCUUAAUCUUUUAGAAUUCGUCUCAUAUCUUAAUUAAAAAAAGCCGUUAUUGAAAAAUGAGUGUUGAAAUUUCAUCGAUCGAUCAGUUUCAAGAAAUUUUACAAAAGGACAAUGAACAAGCCAUUUUGCUAAACUUUUAUGCUCCUUGGGCUGCUCCUUGCCAACAAAUGAAUCAGGUUUUCGAUCAAUUUGCCAAAGAUACCCCAGAGGCCACCUUCCUGAAAAUUGAAGCUGAGAAGUUCUCUGACAUCGCCGAAUCUUUUGACGUUACCGCCGUCCCCUUAUUCGUUUUAAUCCACGGCCAAAAAGUUCUUGCUCGUAUUUCGGGUGCCAACCCUCAAAAACUCAAAUCCGCCAUCGACGAGUAUAUCCGCCCCAUCAUCCAACAGUCUUCCACUACACCCUCUACCGGUGCUCCAGACGUUAACGUUGGAUCUGUUCAAACAAACGCCGUCCCUUCCGGUGCAAAGGCUGCUAAUGGUUUGGAUGUCGAAACUGAUAAUCGUUUACGCACCCUCACUAACGCCCACGAUAUUAUGCUCUUCAUGAAAGGAACUCCUUCCGAACCUGCUUGUGGAUUCAGCCGUAAGUUAGUUGGUAUGCUCCGCGAAAGAAAUGUUCAAUAUGGGUUCUUCAACAUUUUGGCUGACGAUGCCGUUCGUCAAAGCUUAAAGGUCUUUUCUGACUGGCCUACCUUUCCUCAACUUUACAUCAAAGGCGAAUUUGUUGGUGGUUUGGACGUUGUAGCUGAAAUGAUGGAAACCGGUGAAUUUCAAGAAAUGCUCACUUAAAAGAAUCCUUUCUGUUUACCUUCCUAUUACCCUUACUACUUUUGUUCUUUUUGGCGUUUUAUUAUUUUAUGUGUCUAUAGAUUUUUCUUUUCAAACACGUUAGCUUAGCAUAUUGCAGAUAAUCAAAGCAUACACUCCUUCAAGACAUUGUUUUAACCAAUUAUACUAGACAUUCACCAUAUCAAAUAUUUAUACCGACCUAAUUCAC